GGCGAGCUCUACCGAGAAACGAAGAACAGACCGCCACCAUGGGAUACGGGGCCGGAAGAGACAAGUAUGAGCCCGCAGCUACCUCUGAGCAGGGGGGCAAGAAGAAAAAGGGAAAGGGGAAGGAUAAAGACAUGGAUGAGUUAAAGAAGGAAUUGACCAUGGAAGACCACAAACUGAGUCUGGAUGAGCUGCACCGCAAGUUUGGGACGGACAUGCAAAGGGGUCUGAGCACGGCCCGGGCAGCAGAGAUCCUGGCACGAGAUGGACCCAAUGCCCUCACCCCGCCCCCCACUACUCCAGAGUGGGUGAAAUUUUGCCGCCAGCUGUUCGGGGGGUUCUCUAUGCUGCUGUGGAUUGGAGCCAUACUCUGCUUCCUGGCCUAUGGUAUCACUGCUGCCACGGAAGAGGAGCCAACGAAUGAUAAUCUCUACCUCGGUGUUGUCUUGUCCGCUGUCGUUAUCAUCACCGGCUGCUUCUCUUACUACCAAGAGGCAAAGAGCUCUAAGAUCAUGGAGUCCUUCAAGAACAUGGUUCCUCAGCAAGCCCUGGUAAUCCGAAACGGAGAGAAGUUGAGUAUUAAUGCGGAAGACGUGGUUUUGGGUGACCUGGUAGAAGUGAAGGGAGGAGAUCGGAUACCUGCGGAUGUUCGGAUCAUCUCCGCUCAUGGCUGCAAGGUGGAUAACUCUUCCCUCACUGGAGAGUCCGAACCCCAGACCCGCUCUCCUGACUUCACCAAUGAGAACCCACUGGAGACCCGCAACAUCGCCUUCUUCUCUACAAACUGUGUGGAAGGCACAGCCCGUGGCGUUGUCGUCAACACCGGUGAUCGUACAGUGAUGGGCCGUAUCGCUACUCUGGCCUCUGGCCUGGAGGGAGGACGCACCCCCAUUGCCAUUGAAAUUGAGCAUUUUAUUCACAUCAUCACCGGCGUGGCGGUCUUCCUGGGGGUCAGCUUCUUCAUCCUGUCACUCAUUCUGCAGUACACCUGGCUGGAGGCUGUCAUCUUCCUCAUUGGUAUCAUUGUUGCCAAUGUGCCAGAGGGACUGCUGGCUACUGUCACGGUUUGCCUUACACUGACCGCCAAAAGAAUGGCCCGCAAGAACUGUCUUGUGAAGAAUCUGGAGGCUGUGGAGACUUUGGGAUCCACUUCCACCAUUUGCUCCGACAAAACGGGCACCCUGACACAGAACCGAAUGACCGUAGCCCACAUGUGGUUUGAUAACCAGAUCCAUGAAGCCGACACCACGGAGAAUCAGAGCGGUGCCUCCUUCGAUAAGAGCUCCCCCACAUGGACAGCCCUGUCCCGGGUUGCUGGAUUGUGCAACAGAGCCGUGUUUCAGGCUGGACAAGAGAACACCCCCAUCCUAAAGAGAGAUGUUGCUGGAGAUGCAUCCGAAUCCGCCCUGCUAAAGUGCAUAGAACUCUGCUGUGGGUCUGUGAGGGAUAUGAGGGAAAAGAACCCCAAAGUGGCAGAAAUUCCAUUUAACUCUACAAACAAAUACCAGCUGUCCGUACACAAGAAUGCAAACCCAUCAGAGUCCCGUUACAUUCUGGUCAUGAAAGGGGCCCCCGAGCGCAUCCUGGACCGAUGCUCCACCAUUGUGCUGCAGGGCAAGGAGCAGCCCUUGGACGAGGAACUGAAGGAUGCUUUCCAGAAUGCCUACCUGGAGCUGGGGGGCCUGGGAGAGAGAGUAUUAGGUUUCUGCCACCUUGCUUUGUCCGAUGACCAGUUCCCUGAUGGAUUUCAGUUUGACACAGAGGAAGUGAACUUCCCAACAGAGAAUCUUUGCUUCGUUGGGCUGAUUUCCAUGAUUGACCCGCCCCGUGCCGCUGUGCCUGAUGCCGUCGGCAAAUGCCGAAGUGCUGGAAUCAAGGUUAUCAUGGUGACAGGUGACCACCCAAUCACAGCCAAGGCCAUUGCUAAGGGAGUGGGAAUCAUCUCUGAAGGCAAUGAAACAGUGGAGGAUAUUGCUGCCCGCCUCAACAUUCCAGUCAACCAGGUGAACCCCAGAGAUGCCAAGGCCUGUGUGAUCCACGGGUCGGACCUGAAGGACAUGGCACAAGAACAGAUCGAUGACAUCCUGAAGCAUCACACAGAGAUCGUCUUUGCCAGAACAUCCCCUCAGCAGAAGCUCAUCAUUGUGGAGGGUUGUCAGCGACAGGGUGCCAUUGUGGCAGUGACGGGGGAUGGUGUCAACGACUCCCCUGCUCUGAAGAAGGCAGAUAUUGGUAUCGCUAUGGGCAUCGCUGGUUCCGAUGUGUCCAAGCAGGCAGCCGACAUGAUCCUGUUGGAUGAUAACUUUGCUUCUAUCGUUACUGGAGUAGAGGAAGGUCGUCUGAUCUUUGAUAACCUGAAGAAAUCCAUCGCCUACACCCUGACCAGUAACAUCCCAGAAAUCACACCCUUCCUCAUCUUCAUCGUCGCCAACAUUCCUCUGCCCUUGGGCACAGUCACCAUCCUGUGUAUCGAUCUGGGCACAGACAUGGUCCCCGCUAUCUCCCUGGCCUAUGAGCAAGCCGAGAGUGACAUCAUGAAGAGACAGCCCCGUAAUCCCAAAACAGACAAGCUGGUGAAUGAAAGGCUUAUCAGUAUGGCCUAUGGGCAGAUCGGUAUGAUCCAAGCCCUGGGGGGGUUCUUCACAUACUUUGUGAUCCUGGCUGAGAAUGGCUUUCUGCCCUGGACACUGCUGGGUAUCAGAGUGAACUGGGAUGACCGCUGGAAUAACGACGUGGAGGACAGUUACGGGCAGCAGUGGACCUACGAGCAGAGGAAGAUUGUGGAGUUCACGUGCCAUACGGCUUUCUUCGUCAGUAUCGUGGUGGUGCAGUGGGCCGAUUUGAUCAUCUGCAAGACCAGAAGGAAUUCAGUGUUCCAGCAGGGCAUGAAGAAUAAAAUCCUUAUCUUUGGGCUGUUUGAAGAGACUGCACUGGCUGCCUUCCUGUCCUACUGCCCUGGCAUGGAUGUGGCAUUGCGCAUGUACCCACUCAAGCCGACCUGGUGGUUCUGUGCCUUCCCAUACUCGCUGCUCAUCUUCAUAUACGAUGAAGUCCGUAAGCUGAUUAUCCGGCGCAGCCCAGGCGGCUGGGUGGAGAAAGAAACCUACUAUUAGAGCCUUCGGGUCGUCCGAACAUUUCACGUCACUUCCUGCCCCUCGGUCUGCCUGCACCCACCCGUCGCCUGCGUGCACCCGUCUGACUCAGCCUGUUCCCAUGGAAGAGAUGCAUUUUGGCAAGGGGCGCAGUGUCGCCUGUGUGCGUCCUGUACAGAGUUCUCAUUGUGCCUUCUCCGGUAUUGUUUUUCGUUUGUUUCUUUUUUUUGUUUCUUUUUGUAAUGGGAGCACGUUCAGAGAUGUUUUAUAUAUCUGCAUUUUUACAAAUAAAGGCGGUUUGAAGAGUU